GAGCAGCCAAUAGGAUGAGGCGUCAGGAUGCCGGCGGGACGCCAUUGGCUGGCGCGCUCAGCGGUUUGCACCGCCUUCUGUGAGGGUGUAGGAAGAAAGCAGCUGACGGAGGCCACAGGAUAGAUGGGAGCGGAGCCAUGAGGAUUACGAUGGCGUUGGGCUAUGAUCCAGAAUGAAACCAGAAAUGAAGAGAAUGAGACUGUGCAGAAGAUGCAGACCCCCUGACUGAGGAAUUUUCCAGUCUGCUUUGUCUAUAACAUUGAUCCACUACUGACGUCAUGAUCACUGUAACAGAACUGCGAUUUUUGGCAGACGCCCAAACCUCCUAUCACAUUUUGAAGCCAUGGUGGGACGUGUUUUGGUAUUAUAUCACCAUGGUGAUGUUGAUGAUCGCCUUUUUGGCUGGCGCUCUGCAGAUCACACAGAGCAGAAUGCUCUGCCUUCCCUGUAAGGCAGAAGUAGGCGAUCACUGCGCGCAUCCCCUGGAUCAAUUCACUAUAAAGAUUAAUGUUUCAGCCAGUCCCUUUGGAAAAAUGAGCCCCUCAAGAGGAAUCAAGAAUGAAUUGCACCGCCAACAAUACGCCUAUAUUGAUGCUGUUUGCUACGAGAAGCAGCUUCACUGGUUUACAAAGUUUUUCCCCUAUCUGGUGUUUCUUCACACUAUAAUAUUUGCCGUGUGCAGCAAUUUCUGGCUUCAUUACCCAAGCACAUGUUCCAGGUUGGAGCACUUUGUGGCCAUUCUGUAUAAAUGUUUUGAUUCCCCAUGGACGACACGAGCUUUGUCCGAGACCGUUGCGGAACAGUCAAUGAGAAACUGGACCAACAAACCAUCGCGACGGUUGACUUGUGAAGACACGGAUGCGAGGAAGCAGUCGGUACAACACGGGGUGGAGGCCACGGCAGUGGAAGAUGAUGCUUCCAGCGUCCUGGACAGGAAAGAAGGAGAACAGGCCAAGGCGUUGUUUGAAAAAGUCCGCAAGUUCCGUCUUCACGUGGAGCAGAAGGACAUCAUCUAUAGGCUGUAUCUGAAGCAGAUUGUGGUCAAAGUCAUCGCCCUGCUGGUGAUCAUUACUUACGUCUCUUAUUUUUUGAUGCAUAUAACAUUCGACAUUGACUGUAAAGUGGAUAUUGAAGCGUUCACGGGCUACAAAAGAUACCAGUGUGUUUAUUCUCUUGCUGCAAUUUUCAAGGUUUUGGCCACAUUUUACGUUCUCCUUGUUUUUUUGUACGGAUUUGCUUGUUUUUAUAGCCUCUGGUGGAUGUUGAGAAGUUCUCUGAAGCAGUAUUCCUUCGAAGCCGUCAGAGAAAAGAGUCACUACAGUGACAUCCCAGAUGUCCAGAACGACUUCGCUUUUAUCCUUCACUUAGCAGACCAGUACGAUCCGCUGUACGCCAAACGGUUCUCCAUAUUUUUGUCCGAAGUCAGCGAGAACAGGUUGAAACAGAUCAAUCUCAACAACGAGUGGACCGUAGAAAUGCUGCGCAAUAAACUGGUCCGAAACUCCAAGGACAAAAUAGAGCUUCACCUGUUUAUGCUGAGCGGGGUGCCGGACAACGUCUUUGAACUCGCCGAGAUCGAAGUCAUGAAACUGGAACUCAUACCCGAUGCCAAGAUCACUCCGAUGAUCACUCAGUUGGUCGACCUUAAGGAACUCCACAUUUACCAUUCGACACUCACCGUGGAUCUACAAGCGCUGAGCUAUCUGGCUGACAACCUCGAAACUCUACAUCUUAAGUUUACUUCAGUGGAAAAGAUUCCGUCUUGGAUUUUCCUCUUAAAGAACUUGAAGGAAUUGUAUUUAGCAGGAUGUAUUGACAACUACAGCUUCGCACACAUCGAGGGCCUUCAGGACUUGAAGAACCUGACAACCCUCUACUUGAAGACCAGCAUUCCGCGAGUUCCUCCGGUGGUUACAGACAUGUUACCUUGCCUUCAGAAACUUAGCAUUAACAAUGAAGGAAAUAGACUUUUAAUCUUAAUAAGUCUUAAGAAGAUGAUCAACCUCUCCAGCCUAGAACUGAUAAACUGCGACCUAGAGCGAAUCCCACAUUCCAUCUUCAGUCUGACAGAACUGCGGGAGAUUGACUUCCGAGGAAAUAACUUUAAAACUGUUGAAGAAAUUAUUAGUUUCCAGCAUCUGCCCAAACUGACCUGUUUGAAACUGUGGCACAACUCCAUAGCCUACAUACCACUACAGAUCGGAGCUUUAGCCAACCUAGAGCAGCUCUAUCUCAAUAAUAACAAUAUAGAGAUGAUGCCGCUGCAACUGUUUCUCUGCAACAAGCUGCGGGUUCUGGACCUCAGUCACAACAAUCUGACUUUCAUCCCAGAUGAGAUCCAGCUUUUAAAAAAUCUUCAGAAUUUUGCUGUGACAAACAAUAGUAUUGAGACGUUACCAGACGGGCUGUUUAAAUGCAGCAAACUUCAGUGUUUACUCCUGGGAAGAAACAGCCUGACGGCCCUUUCCCCGCUGGUGGGCGACCUGAUGAACCUCAUCAAGAUAGAAUUGUAUGGAAACCAGAUCGAGUCUCUUCCUCCCGAGCUGGAGUCCUGUCAGUCCCUGAAAACUAACUGUAUUGUGGUGGAGAGCAACGUGCUGCACACACUGCCGUCCUACGCAAAAGAUAAUCACAAGUCUUCGCACAGAUAGGAAACCGCCAUGGCAAACUGUAGAAUUUUUUUUUAUUUAAUCUUUUUUUGUUGCAAAUUUAGUGAUAAGGAUAUAAAGGCCUCAUUUAGGGUCUAAUAUCUGGGGCUGACCUGGUCGACUUUUAUUUUAAUUUUUUUCCUUUUUACGCCAAUUCUUAUAUGGCUGCAGCAGACGUUGUGGUGUGAAUACUACCCAUAUUGCAUAUGCAGCCUGAAGAUUAUUUUUAGCAUUUAUUGUAAUUCGUGCAAUUUACUACUGUUUUCUAUGUAAUGCUGGAACCAUUCAUGCAAUUUUUUGCAUAUAUAGAACAGUGUUUUCUAAACAUUGUGCCUCCAGCUGUUUUAAAACUCCAAGCAUGCCCGGACAGCCUUUGGCUGUCCGGGCAUGCUGGGAGUUGUAGUUUUGCAACAGCUGGAGACACACUGGAUGGGAAGACAUGUCAAAAUUUAUUGGUUAGAUUCUGAGCGCUAGAACAAGCAGGGGGAGAUAAGCGCACGGCCACGCGUUUCUCUCCCCACUCUGUGUCCCUGUAACCAAGAUGAUGGUCCCAUAGACUUCCAUUGUGUGACUGUCCAGGCAUGCUGGGAGUUGUAGUUUUGCAAAAGCUGGAGGCACCCUGGGUGGGAAAAACUCCCAUAGAAGGACGUAUACUUUUCCUUCCUGCUGGAUCCACUUCUGUCCUUGGCUCUUAAAAUGUGUAAAAAAAACAAAAAAAAAUUACAUGUGUGAUUCCAGCCGCAGCAGACGUUCCGACGCGGUAAUUCUAAAUCCCAGAUUGAGUAUGUUCAUUCUUUAAUGGGAACCUGUCAUCAGAUUUUACCAUACAUAAUACAUGGCAACACGUUAUAAAUGGUAAAAACUUCUUUCUCACCAUCCCUGGAAGACGUUCAUGUCGGUAUAUGAAGAUAUAAAGUUUGAAAGGUGUCCCUGCUGGCCCGUAAGUAGUCACCUGGGCGGGAGCUAUCCGGUUCUGGUCCCGUCUGCUGCUACUGUAAUCACGCCCCCUUAGCGUGAUUGACAACCUGGACUAGGACCGUGCCAUCGCUCUGCUCUGUCUGCUUAGAAAAUAAAGCGAUGGCAAUGGCUGUCGAUGCUAAGGGGGCGUGGUUACAGCCCGAGCAGGCGGGACAAGCAGAGGAUUGCUCCCACCCAGGGGACUGCUUACAGGCUGGCGGGGGCACCUUUCAAACUGCAUAUCGUCACCAUUGUUAUGUAUGGUCAAAUCUGAUGACAGGUUCCCUUUUUAAGACAAAUUUGUUUGGAAAUCCAUUGCCGAGCGGUCCUAGCGCCGGCUUGUUCUACCAGCAAGUGCUGCCCACGGAAUCACAUGGCAGAGAUUACGUAGUGUGAAUGAGCCCUAAAUGUUCCUAAAACUAUAGCUGGGUUCUAGGCGCUGCCAUAAUAAUUUCUCUUUUUUUUUUUUAGGGAACGUUCACAGGUACAGGAUCUGCCGCAGAUCUUUUAGUGGCAGCAGAUCCUGUACCUGUGAAUGUCCCUACGUUAUUAUUUUCUGUAUAUUGCACAAAAAAAUGUAAAAUAUAUAAAAAAGAAAAAAAAAAACUGCACUAGGGACCAAAUAGUGGCCACUGACAUAGCAAGUACUUGCACCUCGGAGAGAACCAGGCACCGGCUAGAGGAACGCCGACAUGACAAACCUGAAGUGCGCAAAACUACUGUGAUAGUAACACGUAGCUGUGAUUGUAGCUGUGACUUACUAGAAAUGUGUGAAGAGAAGGAGACGAUGUGCAAA